AUGAAACUAGUUCUGUUACAACAGGCUUAUGGUGAACAUGCCAUGAAGAAAUCAAGUGUUUUUUUCAAAUGGCAUAGGCGGUUUAAGGAAGGACAGGAAGAUGUUCAUGAUGACGUAAGAAGUGGGCAGCCAAAAAUGCAAAGGACAGAUGCAAAUGUGGACACAGUACGAACCCUCGUACGCUCAAAUCAAAGACUGAGUGUUCAAAUGAUGGCAGAAGAAUUGAACAUGAACAGAGUAAUAGUGCAGCAGAUUCUAACAGAAGAUUUGGGAAUGAGAAAGAUUUCCACAAAUAUGAUGCCUUGA